UGAGACUGCUGCCUGUUUCCUCUAAGCGCAUGUGGUGUUCAAGCAUACUCCCUGAAACAGUGAGGAAUUAUGGGAGAGUUUGAAAUGACACUGCUCAGCAUCUGUAUUCAUAUUUUAACUUUAGGCAUUGCAAUGUCUGAAACUUGCACACCGGCUGAAUGCCUGAUUUGUAAUAGUAGUGUUUCAGCUUUCAAUGUGACUGUGACUGCAACUCCUAAUCCAGCUGAUAAAUUGAAAGAUGUAAAUGUGACAUGCGUUCAUAACCUCACCAGAGCUAAUAUUUCGAUCGUGUGGAUCAAGAACAAAAUUCCAAUAGAGGAAAAUCAUUACGAAACACUUCUGAUUCCACGUAUUACAGAAGGGGUGGAUGUCACCUGUCAGAUCAGCAGCAUUUGUGGAAAUUUCUCUGAUACAGAAACAAUUACUCUAACAACUGAUAAUAGUACAGUGGUUAUAUUGAUUUGUGUUGCGGGAGCUUUUGGUCUCCUGCUCAUUUUUGGAAUAGUCAUGAAGAUCACCCAGAGGAGUGGACAAGUUCAGAGAGAGGCCAGGAAGAGACAAAGAGAGCAGAAUAUUCAGAACAUCCACAGCACUGCCACAGUCACCACCAACUACUGGUGAAAGCAGACCCCUGAAAACAUAUACAUUUCCUGUAAAAUUGCUUAUCUUUGCUGUACCUGAGAUAUUCUGUCCAUUUAUGUGGCACGAUGUUUAAAAUUGUAUCAAUUAAAGUCUUUCAAACAGCAUUAUGCUCCUGUAUUUAGGUCUAGAUUAUCAGAGAGUUUGUGUAAGCUUGUCUAAAGGCAUAAUGCGUUGGAUACAGAAGGUGCAAGGCAUCUCCAUGCCUGGUCUCACUUUGCAGCGUGGCUGGGAAGUUGUGACACAACUGCAGGAAAUAGACACGAGCUUUGCUUGAUUUAAUAAUCAAAUGGUUCUACCUUGUCGUGAACAUUC